GGCCCAUCACGCUGCUCAACUGCGACUUCAAGAUGGUGUCCAAGGCCGUCAGCGCCCGCCUGCAGCCCGCCCUGGAUGCAGUUGUGGACGAGCUGCAGACCGCGUUCAUCACCGGCCGCUGGAUUGGAGACAACGCGCUGUACCUCCAAGGCCUGAUCGAAUGGAUGCGCCUGGACGUGGGCGCGGACGGCACGCCACGGCAGGGUGGUGCGCUGUACUUCUUGGACAUUGAAAAGGCGUAUGACCGGGUGCACCGGCAGUGGCUGUAUGCGUCCGCGGAGGGACUUGGGUUUGGGCCGCGCAUGCUGCGCUGGAUCCGCCUGCUCACUGCCAACGGCUCUGCCCGCGUGUGUGUGAACGGGAUGCUCUCUGACGCCUUCCCAGUGCUGAACGGCUUACCGCAGGGCAGCACCGCCUCACCACCCCUGUGGGUCAUCCAGAUGCAGCCACUGACGUCCUUUCUGCGGCGGCAGGUGGAGCAAGGGGCACUGCGCACGCCCCUGUUACCCAGCGGCGAGCAGGCGCCACCUGCUGCCCACAACGCUGACGACACGACCCUCACGGCGCGCGACCCGGCGGUGGACGGGCCGGUCCUGAUGGUGGCAGUACAGCUAUUCUGCCGCGCGUCCAACGCCCGUGUCCAUCCGGACAAGAGCAAGGCCAUGGGCCUUGGCAGGUUUGCGCACCUGACGGGCCCUUGCCCACACACGGGGGUGCCGUUUACCACUGGCGCCGUGACGCACCUGGGUGUGCCCCUGUCGUGGGACUCUGAUGCGGCUGCAGCUGACUUGUACACCCGGCGGGCUCGCGGCAUGGCGUUUGUGGCGCGUCUGUGGGCUGCCCUGUCUCUGACUCUCGUUGGCCGUGUGCACAUUGCGAAGCAGGUGCUGGCGGCAAAGCUGGCCUACCACUUCAGCUUCCUCAACCCGUCGCCUGCGCAGCUGAAGGAACUCACCGACCUGGUGGACCACUUUGCUGCGCGCUCCAUGCACGCUGAGGACGCCAGCCUGGUGUCGCACGGGAACCCGCUCCUGCUGCCAAAGCGGGAAACGGCCUGUCUGCCGUACAAGGAUGGGGGUGUCAACCACGUCGACCUGCCUGCGUUCCUGUCUGCCCUGCAAGCUAAGACUUUCGCCCUCCUUGCCCAGCCCGGCCGGCAACCCUGGAAGACGCUCACCCGGGCGCUGCUUACCCAUGUGCGCCCGGACUCCGCCACCACGUGGGCGUGGGUGUACAGCGACACGCCGGCGCCAGCGGGGCUGCCUGCCCGGCUGGCGGCCGCGGUCGGCCACGUGCGGAGCGCGGGCGUGGAACAGCAUCCGCCGCAGCCAGCCACUCAGCCGCCAGCGGCACCGCCACAGUGGCGGGUUAGCCUGGACCAGCUGUGGGUGGCCAACGCUGCUGGCGCUGUGUCCUACGUCCAUUACACGGGGCGGCUCUUGGAGCCUGGGCCUGGCGUGCUGCCCCCGGCGGUGGAUGGGGCGUGGCAGCCUGCCUGUGUGCUGCAGCACCGCAAGCCGCGGCACCUGUGGACCUUUGAAGAGCGGGCGGCGUACGAUGCAGCAUCACCAGGGGAACGGGCGGGGGCGUGGCCUCGGGCGCCGUACUUCCUGGCGCCGGAGGCGGGGGUGGUGGUGCACCCGGAGCACUGCCGGAUUGCGGGUGUCAGCUUGGCGGACUACAUGGUGCGGGACGUGCGGCGGGCCAUCACCGCGGCUAACCCGGCCGCACCUCCGGCUCCGGCCCGCCCCGCAGCACAGCAGGCGGGGGGGUCGGGGACCCAGCCGGCGGCACAGUCGCGGCUGGCGGAGCGGGAGGCGGAGUGGCAGCGUGCAGCGGCGCAGCUGACCACCACGGCGGCGCAGCACUUCCACAAUAACCCGGUGGCUCUGGACCCCUGGCUCCACCGCACCUCCGCGGCAGCCGGGCUGCAGAACACGCCGGCGAGAGAACUGCAGUCGUAUGCGUCCCCGUCCCAGCAGUCGGCUUAUGCGCAGGCGAGGACGUGGCUGCAGCAGCUGUGGGCCUGCGUUGCGCCCCAGGCAGCGGCGCCGCCAGUGACGGACGCGGGCUUCAUGCUGGGGGACCGCAUGGGUAUGUGGGCCUCAGGCCCGCGGGGGGCGGGCGCGCUGCUGUGGAGCACUUUGCGGGCCACCUUCUUGUACGCCGUCUGGUGUGCGUACUGGUCCCGCGAGCCUGCUAAGCAGACGUCGGAGCAUGUGGUUCGGGAGGUGGUCAGCGAGCUGCGCAGGGUGAUGCAGCUGCGUUUCACUGCCGCCACGCUAACCCCUGAAACCCUGUCGGCUCUGCCCACACAGCUUCUCACCGCACAGCUCAAGGCGGCUAAGCUGGAGCACUUUGUGGCCAUCUGGACGGCCCCCUAGGUUUCCUUCUGGGCGGCGUUUCUUUCCAGGUGCUGGCGUGGCGUAUUAUCGUCAUCAGCUUACCUGGCGCCCUUGUGUUUUAGCUCUGGCUGGAGUCGCAGCGCCUGGGCGGCUGUGGGACUUCCUGCACAGCGCGUUGAUUGCAGCUUUCUUCUAUGUCUUGCAGCGGGCUGGACCCCGCUAAGUCGGCGCCACAUCUGGCCCGUUCAGUGUUUUCUUAGCAGGUUUUCCUGGGGUGUUGCUUAAGCAACCGACUUGUGGGGGUGGGGUGGGUUACGGCGGGUCGAGUGCUGGUAGCGCUGGUGGUUUCGUUUCUGGCGCGCGGUGGUGUGUUUUCAGGUGGUGGUGUUUCUUGCGGUCAGGCUUUGUUGUAGGUUGGUGCUCGGGUUAGGUAUUGCAGUUUUGUUAGGAUACCC